GGGCUGCAGUCCCGCCCCGGAGCCGGCAGGGAGCAGAGCUGCGGAGCCGCCUGGUCUCCCGCGUCCGUGGGUCCAUUCUCGCGUCCUUCUGUCCAUCGGCGCUCUGCAGGAGCAGCCACCAGAUAGAAGCCGGUAGGAGACCCGGGCGCCGACCCUACUCUGUAUCCUGCACGAUAAGGGGGCAUGGCAGCGAGCACAGACGUGGCUGGGCUGGAGGAGAGCUUCCGCAAGUUUGCCAUCCAUGGCGACCCCAAGGCUAGCGGGCAAGAGAUGAACGGCAAGAACUGGGCCAAGCUGUGCAAAGACUGCAAGGUGGCCGACGGCAAGGCUGUGACUGGCACCGACGUCGACAUUGUCUUCUCCAAAGUCAAGGCAAAGUCAGCUCGGGUCAUCAACUAUGAAGAGUUCAAGAAAGCUCUAGAAGAGUUGUCUGCCAAGCGAUUCAAAGGAAAGAGCAAGGAGGAGGCCUUUGAUGCCAUCUGCCAGCUGGUGGCAGGCAAGGAGCCAGCCAACGUGGGCGUCACUAAAGCCAAAACAGGGGGUGCUGUGGAGCGGUUGACUGACACCAGCAAGUACACGGGCUCCCACAAGGAGCGCUUCGAUGAGAGCGGCAAGGGCAAGGGCAUCGCUGGGCGACAGGACAUCCUGGAUGACAGUGGCUAUGUGAGUGCCUACAAGAAUGCAGGCACCUACGAUGCCAAGGUGAAGAAGUGAGGCCUUGCAAGGCCCUCCAGCACGGCUGCCCCACCAGAGGCUCCGGCCUGGGCCUAAGGGGCAUGUGGAGCAAGAGAGCCCGGUUCCCUCCCUGCUGGACCUGCCACCAGUGCUUCCUGCCCAGCCCCACCAGGCCUCUGACCCAGACUGCUCUGUGGCCCCUUUCCCGUCCACUUCCUCCCCCAACUUCUGUUCAUCUGGGGAAGAUUCUGUGCCGAUAGCCUGACUGCCCUAACUGACCCUGGGCAUGGCUAACUCCUGCCUGCUUGCCUCAUAUUUAAACUGCUGCUCUGGCCAAGUGCCUAAUCCUGACCCAGACCUCAAUAAAGACCCCUUUUGUACCGGU